GCCAAUACAUGUUUCUCAAUGACGAUGAAUCCUUUUGUGGUCCUAGUUAAGCUAGUGGAUGCGUAAAAUCCUGGAUCAAAAUAAAGAUGAAUCACUUUUGAAGAAAAAUUAAAACCAGAUUCAGUUGCACAAAAAAAAAACAGAUACCAGAUUCAAAAUAGCGUAGAAGAAAAGAGCUUUUUUGAGAUUAUGGAAGUAAACAAAAUCACGGUGGAAAAAGAAAAAUCACAUCACGAUGAUGGAAGGAAACAAAUAAGCAUGGAAAGAGUAGAGUUACCACAACUUCACGAGCAUCCUUUGAUACCUUUCAAUCGCUUUGUUCUUACUCAGUGCAAGGCGUGCAACUUAUUAAGUGAUGAUUAUGGCUAUAUCUAUGGAGGGUACCGUUGCAAUGAGCUGGGGUGUGAAGAAAUUAUGUUCCAUAAAGAGUGUUUCAAGCCCUUAAAAGAGAUCAACCACUCUUUCCAUCCCAACCUUCUCAAACUGAUCAUCCCUACCCUUCCCUUACACAAUUCCCAAUCACAUACAUGUUUCUGUGGAUAUAGUUUCAAAGCCGGUUAUUGUUGUAAAAUAUGUGAUUUCAAGUUGGAUUUGAAGUGCGCCAGGAGAUCAAGUACGCGUGCUCUUCCUGUAAAUUCCUACGGACACGAGCAUCUAUUUAAAAUCGUCUCUGAGAGUUACCGUGGGAGGGGAGAGAAAAUCUGCAAAGCGUGUGGAUAUCAAGAGUGCGACCAAUAUGUCACCCAUGUGGAUUGUGUAGAUUUUUUUCCUGAAGCAUACCACACUUCCCAUCCCCAACACCCACUCAAGUCUCGUAGAGGUCAAGUUCCUGAUUACGCUGACAAGAAGUGUCUUCUUUGCGAGAAGGGAUUUCGUCAAUUUCACCUCUGUGAUGUUUGUAACUACAGCAUAUGUAGCGCAUGUAUGAGAAAUCCACCACCGCUAAACAUCCAAUGCUUGAAGACACAUGAACAUCAACUUCAUCUUUUUUCAAGACUCAUUGACUUCACUUGCAAUGCUUGUGGGACGCAAGGUAGCCGAAGCCCUUAUUUAUGUCUUCCAUGUAAUUUCAUAAUCCAUCGAGAAUGCAUUGAUCUACCACGCGUCAUAAGCAUAAACCGCCAUGAUCACCGCAUCUCUUAUGAAGUUGAAAUGCAGAGUUUGCCGUAAAGAAGUUGAUGGGUUCUACGGGGCUUAUACUUGCUCAAAGUGCCCUAGUUUUGCUGCUCAUGCAAGAUGUGCAACAAGAAGAGAUGUAUGGGACAUGGUUGAACGAGAAGGGACACCUGAAGAAGAGGAAAUUGCACCGUACGAGGUGAUUGACGAUAACACCAUAAGACAUUUCAGCCACACGAUCAUCAUAACUUACAAAUCAACAAGGAUGGGAUGAUUCUAUCUGAAAACACACUAUGUGUUGUCUUCAGCACUCCACAGGUUUCAGGUACGAAUCUGGACCUAAUGUGAUUAUAGAUGUACGAUGUGCUUCUAUUUCGGAUUCACUCGAGCACGAAAGCCAUCCACAUAUUUUAUACUACUAUGAGUCUACAUCCAAAGACAGACGUUGUAGUAGAUGUGAUUGAGGAGUGUUGCAUUUUCUUUGGUUGUGAUGAGUGUGACUAUAUAUUGGACGGCAAGUGUGCUCUUUUACCUGAAAAGGUAAAGAAAAACAGAUAUGAUGAUCAUCUUCUCUUUUUGUCAUAUGGUGACAUGAAUGUGGAUGAAAAAUAUUGGUGUGAGGUGAAACACCCGCCCCUUCCCCAUUUCCAACCGGGGUUCCUGGGCGCGGGGUUUAGGACACACAUGUCUACUUUCCCGACAUCUCCGUGUGUCCCGUUUCUGGUCCCAUGAGUUUAAGGUGCGUAUCCUUUCUUACCAUUGACAUUUUCACUUAUAGUUCUGCAAAAAGGGAGAGGGAAAAAGAUGGGUGAGUAUGAAUACUCAGUGAAGCGAUUCUAGACCAGCUUCCCCCAUGAGCUUUUAUACUGCUCAAUGCGAAACGAUAACCGACUAGUCACUACACUCAUUUCUUGACUAGCUAUUAAGGUUUCAUUUCACGAAAACAAGCAAUGCAAUCAACUCAGUCAUCACUCAAUUCACACAAUUCAGUUUAUUAUUUAAGACUCCAGUCAUCCUAGAACUCUAGGACCUACACAGCUCAAGCGGACCAACCCUCCCCUUUUCUUGCUGCGUUCCUGUGGAGCCGCCUGCCCUGGUACACUCGGCAUCCGGUUCCCUUGGAUGUAGUCUAUACCCUUUGCAGUGUAUUACGGCCCCUUCCCGCCAAGACUCGGCGUGACUCAAUCUUACCGGCGCCUAUAUUCUUAACCUGCCGUUUUUGAACGCUACGGCCGCCGCGUUUUCCCAUACUCCCCACCAGUCCCUCGGUGGUUUGUAUUCCAUUUCUAUUCAUUUCCCAUACUCCCCACCAGUUCCUCGGUGGAUCGUAUUUCAAUCAUUUAACUUUUCUUUUCCCUUUAUUUCCUUUUUCUUAUCAUUUCCUUUUUCCUUUACCCUUAGACUCUUUCUACUUUCCUUUUUAGACGCCACCCGUUCUCGGUGUCACACUCAAUCCAUUUAACAAUCAUUCAUAGAUAUCCUAUCGUUCAUCUAACCAGACCGGUUAACAUUUCUCUUAUGAUCCUAUGUUCAUUUCUUUCUAACCAUCCUAGCUCUCAAUCACAAACCACAGAUCUUCAACCAAUCAAACAAUCAAUCAGUCAAUCAUCAUUACAUCCAGUUUAUUUAGAGACUUAGAUCAGUAUGAGAGUUCUGAUGCAAUAUGAUCUAUCAACCUAGCAACAAACAGGAUCUACUCAAUCCUAGAUCCACAUUCAACAAUAUAGAAGAACAUGAAAGAGAUCUGGGUAGAACACCUCACCUUAGCCUAGAUCUGGAUCUGGAUCUGAGAUGAGAGGCGAGAGAAGUGAGAGUUGAGAUCCGAGACGCCACACGACCACCACCACCACUCGCGGCUGCUCGCGGCGAGGAGAGAGAGGAGAGAAGGAGGUGCGGCGAAGAGAGAGAAGGGAGAGAGACGGCGCGGGGAAGAGGGAGAAAGAGGAGAAAGGCGGUGUGGAAGAGAGAGAAAGAGUCGACGGCUAGGGUUUCCGAUCUUCGGGGAUUCUCUGCAGGGCUACGCUUCUAAUCUUUCUGAUGGAAGUCUAAGGGGUAGAGGCUUUGUAUUUAUAGGAGAGGCAAGGAAACCCUAGGGAUUUUAAUCAAGAUGGGCCGCAUAGCGGGCCUUUCCUCAAAAUCUUUGUGGGCUUGGGUUUUGGGGUGUUACAAUUCUCCCCCUGUUAAUCAGAAUUCGCCCCGAAUUCCAAUCUUUAGGCUUUAAAUCUUAACAUCUCAAAACCCGGGGAAAGUUUUCAAACACAAUCAAGGGAAGCACACAAAAGGCAUCUUACUUGCUCAAGUUCAUUUAAAACCAACAAUGAAUUUAAUAAAUGAAAUGGAGUAGGACUACAAUAAAUAGAUAGGUCUCAAGGUAUCGCCAAAAUCCGCGAAUAUCCUUAUAACAAGAAAUGAAAGCUAAAAAGAACAAUAGGAAUGAAGAAAACCGUGUCCUACUCCUACUAGCUGAUUUAGGAAUCACAACUAGCCACUUCGAACUGGAGACUUCUGCUCCCCUUCCGGCUUAGGACCAGCCACGCGGCCACUCCCCGUCGACAACGCCGACUCCUCUUCCCACUCUGAGUCCUCCGAUGGAUCCUCUUCCACCUCUAUGUCCUCCUCAGAGCUCGAGAUGGCGACAACCCGACGAGUAAGUGUCCGUUCAGCCUCCAUUGCCUGACCGGCCAUCCGGUUCACCAAGGCAAAUUCCCAUGGUUCCAACACACCAAUCAGCUUUCCCCGAAUUUCUUCGCGGAGUCUUGCCUUGUACCACCGGCACCAAUCCUCCGUUGUCUUGGGCUUGCAUCUUUUGGCUGACUCCAGGAAUUCCUCUGUGUACUCCCGGACUGAGCGCGGUCCCUGCCUGGCCUGCAUCACUGUUCCACACCGACAUACUCCGGUUAUGUUCCUCAGGCUCUCUGCAUCAAUGCUCGGAAUCCUCCUUGGACGCCCACGUUUCCUCGUUGGUACACUGUCCUCCAUCCUGAUCGGUCCCGAACCUUCCCUGGUCGGCCCCAUCGUCCUUGGGCGCCCUCGGCCCUUAGUGGCCGGUGUCAUGUCAACUUCAGGCGUAAACUGGAAAGUCCCCUGACCCUGGUACAAUCGCCUGUACUCAGCUGCCCGCUGAAAAUGGGGCAUCAAAACCCGACGCCUCACGGUCGUCUCCUGGAUGGGGGUGUUCGGCUGCUCCGCGAACUCCAUUUCCUCUUCGUCUGGGAAGAGUGCAGGUACCAUGUCACCCCAAGCGUCACAGUAGGGCUUGCGGGCGUACGCCCUUGUCCCUUUUGGUCCAUAGCGCAUGCGUCUUUCUCCGAGCUCGUGAUGCACUGGUGAAGACAUCCUGCAGCGUAAAAACAAAGACCUGAUCAGAAUGUAAUAGUAGUCAUGCAGAGAUGGCAGUUUUUCAAUCAUUUCUCAAAACUAGUGCUGCUUCAGCAUUCCAUGAAAUCUCAUCCACGAUGUGGUUCUUAUCGUCCCUUUUUACCCUAUGAAGAUCCCAUAUCCUUAUUAGCAUUUCGCAUUCUGCUUCAAGAUUACUCUCCGUCAUCCUUUUUACCCCCAAGAUGAUCCUCCAUCAUCCUUUUUACCCCAAGAUGAUCCUUAGCUUAGUUCUCACAAUCUGAAAUCGGCUUUCUCCUACUGUCUCGCCGGUAGUCCCUUGGCCGCCCUGGUCCACCUCUUCCUCAUCGGCGGGCCCACGCCAUGGUGGUGGGACCCGCGCCCAUAUAUUUUUUUUUUUUUUAUAUGUGGAAACGAGUUUGACUGUUAUAUCGGAAUGCCAGGAGUCCAUUUCUUUGCAGAGUUUAAUUCCUCCGUGAAGCUGCGCACGCCUCGGCCUUGCGUCCGUCUCUCUUCCCCCCGGCCUUCCCGGCCCGGUGUGGGGCGGUGUCGCCGGCGAGACGUUUCCUUCCGCUCGUAGGUCCGACUUUCCAUUACCCCUUAACUUGCCGUGCUAGGCGACUAAUCCCUCUGUAUACUUGCCUUACAACUCCUUGUUACCCAUUCCUGAAUCUCUGAAACUCCACUACACUGCGGUACAAGGACUUUUUGUUGACCUGAUCUUGACCGGAGACUCUGAGCUGUUCGAAUUUUCCUUCAACGUUAGCUAUGACGGUCUAUCAGAACCAUAAGGGAAAUGGGCAAUAUCGGAAACGAUGAUCCCUUAAGUUAGUAUUAAGGGACCUUAACCUGGCUCUGAUACCAAUUGAAACACCCGCCCCUUCCCCAUUUCCAACCGGGGUUCCUGGGCGCGGGGUUUAGGACACACAUGUCUACUUUCCCGACAUCUCCGUGUGUCCCGUUUCUGGUCCCAUGAGUUUAAGGUGUGUAUCCUUUCUUACCAUUGACAUUUCCACUUAUAGUUCUGCAAAAAGGGAGAGGGAAAAAGAGGGGUGAGUAUGAAUACUCAGUGAAGCGAUUCUAGACCAGCCUCCCCCAUGAGCUUUUAUACUGCUCAAUGCGAAACGAGAACCGACUAGUCACUACACCCAUUUCUUGACUAGCUAUUAAGGUUUCAUUUCACGAAAACAAGCAAUGCAAUGAACUCAGUCAUCACUCAAUUCACACAAUUCAGUUUAUUAUUUAAGACUCCAGUCAUCCUAGAACUCUAGGACCUACACAGCUCAAGCGGACCAACCCUCUCCUUUUCUUGCUGCGUUCCUGUGGAGCCGCCUGCCCUGGUACACUCGGCAUCCGGUUCCCUUGGAUGUAGUCUAUACCCUUUGCAGUGUAUUACGGCCCCUUCCCGCCAAGACUCGGCGUGACUCAAUCUUACUGGCGCCUAUAUUCUUAACCUGCCGUUUUUGAACGCUACGGCCGCCGCGUUUUCCCAUACUCCCCACCAGUCCCUCGGUGGUUCGUAUUCCAUUUCUAUUCAUUUCCCAUACUCCCCACCAGUUCCUCGGUGGAUCGUAUUUCAAUCAUUUAACUUUUCUUUUCCCUUUAUUUCCUUUUUCUUAUCAUUUCCGUUUUUCUUUACCCUUAGACUCUUUCUACUUUCCUUUUUAGACGCCAUCCGUUCUUGGUGUCACACUCAAUCCAUUUAACAAUCAUUCAUAGAUAUCCUAUCAUUCAUCUAACCAGACCGGUUAACAUUUCUCUUAUGAUCGUAUGUUCAUUUCUUUCUAACCAUCCUAGCUCUCAAUCACAAACCACAGAUCUUCAACCAAUCAAACAAUCAAUCAGUCAAUCAUCAUUACAUCCAGUUUAUUUAGAGACUUAGAUCAGUAUGAGAGUUCUGAUGCAAUAUGAUCUAUCAACCUAGCAACAAACAGGAUCUACUCAAUCCUAGAUCCACAUUCAACAAUAUAGAAGAACAUGAAAGAGAUCUGGGUAGAACACCUCACCUUAGCCUAGAUCUGGAUCUGGAUCUGAGAUGAGAGGCGAGAGAAGUGAGAGUUGAGAUCCGAGACGCCACACGACCACCACCACCACUCGCGGCUGCUCGCGGCGAGGAGAGAGAGGAGAGAAGGAGGCGCGGCGAAGAGAGAGAAGGGAGAGAGACGGCGCGGGGAAGAGGGAGAAAGGCGGCGCGAAAGAGAGAGAAAGAGUCGACGGCUAGGGUUUCCGAUCUUCGGGGAUUCUCUGCAGGGCUUCGCUUCUAAUCUUUCUGAUGGAAGUCUAAGGGGUGGAGGCUUUGUAUUUAUAGGAGAGGCAAGGAAACCCUAGGCAUUUUAAUCAAGAUGGGCCGCAGAGCGGGCCUUUCCUCAAAAUCUUUGUGGGCUUGGGUUUUGGGGUGUUACAUGAGGCAUGUGAAACAAAAUUGGAUCCAAAGGAAGGUUUCUACACAUGCAACGAUUGUGGAGUCGUUUUACAUGUUUCAUGCGUUUUUGGAGACUUCUCAUAUUUCAUGCCAUGUUCAUAUAUUUCUAUUGGCACCAUUUCUGGAUAUUACGGAUAUAUCGAGAAAGGUUUAGCAACAAGAUCCAAUGAAGAAGUGGUGUCCAGCACCUCUAUUUGUAGACCAGUUUGCUAUGUGUGCCACUCUCGAUGCAAGCUCCCUUCCAUGCUUAAGGUUUCCAAGGACGGAGGAGGAGUUGUAUACAUUUGUUCUUUAAAAUGUUGUUACAGCCGUAUUUCAUAUAUUUAUCGUCCUUGACGAGUACUCUAGAACCAGAAUUCUCGGCAUUACUUCCUCACCAUCAAGUUAUUUUAAUGGAAGGUCAAUCAACUCCUUUCUCUCCAGUUAUCUAGUUAUCUUCAGAGACGGUUUUCAUAGGACCAAAUCCAUUGGUUGGGUUCUUCGAUGUCGGUUUUAAAUCCGAGUUCUUUGAAUGCGAGUUUUAAGAGUACAAGUGAAGCUUCUCUGGAGUUUUUUUUCUCUUUGGUCAUCUCUAUUUUUCGUUUUCGUUAUGGUUCAGUUAUCUUGUAUUACCGUCAAAUAUUUCUCCGGUUCUAAUUGUUUUAGUUCACUGGACCUUUAAAUUAAUAUAAAUAUUUGGUGUUAAAAAAAAAAAACUUUGUAUCAUUGUUAUAAGACAGUUGUUGAAGCGAAACCACUGGACUAUUCCAGUUAAAAGCUUGUGCUCCUUAGUAAUAAUGCUCACAGAUUUAUCUGUGGAAUCUUCUUCGUUGGAUUGAGUUCUUGGAUACUCACUUCUUGAAUAGGGAGAUUCAGGAAGAGGUGAAUCCACACAUGUGUGUUCAUCUUAACUAGUACUACAAUGUGGAUUAUUUCCAAUGUAGUUUGAAUCUAUGGCAGCAAGACUUAUUGGUUCUGAGGAGACAGAUGAGUUCUCUGCACAUAGUGAAUCUAUGCUAUUACUGUUUUCAAUCAGAAGACAUGAUUUGAGGCAGCACUGCUAUCUGAAUCGUUUGAAUCUCUGACAAGACAGGUUGGAGUCUGAGUAGAGAGAAGAACUCUCCUCGCCACUUGUUUGUGGCAGCAUUGCUAUUACUGUUUUUUUCUCUUCCUUAAUUCACAGAUUAAAAGACACAGUAGUAACAACCAACUAGUUUUCCUCUUUUAACUCUUAGUUGUAAGUCUAAAAAAGAAGUUAAAAAUCAUGAUAUAGUACUACUGCUCUCAUGGCAUGUGAUGUUGUCUGACCAUAGCAAUUAGUAGGCACAUUCGUUUUGGCAUCAUCGAGUUUUAGGCCCUUGACAAAAAUUAAGCACUUGAAGAGCAAAGAGAAAAGAGAAGGACGAGUAUGAAGCGUUAAGAGAAAAGCUUUGUUUGAACCUGAAGAUUUUGUUACCAGAAAGUCCUAGGAAUUGCUUAGGCAAGUCUUCUUGUUUAGGAUUUAGUAGUUGUUAUGUUGCAGAAUCAGAUGUAGUUUGGUAUUUGUUUGGUUCUCUUGGGAUUAAGACGUCCAAGGACACAUGUAAGACUUGUACAGUUCAACACUAUGUAUGUGUAAAUAUCAUUAUUAUUAUUAUAUUUUGUUUCUGAAGACUGAAA